ACAGGGACUACUCAAGGAUCAUGAGAACAGCCAGGAUGCUACUUGAAUGGGUGAUACCAUGGCUCACUCUCUACCUUCCACUAUCUUCAGCCAGCACUGUUCAGAUGGUGACCAAAAUGCCAGUAAUUACAGAAGUGAGACUUGCUCAAAGAAACCAGAUCUGCAGUACAUGGGGUAACUAUCAUUUCAGGACUUUCGAUAGUGAUUUCUUCCAGCUUCCCUCCACUUGCAACUACCUCCUUGCAUCCCAGUGUAAGGGAAGCUAUGACAGUUUCAAUAUUCAGUUAAAACGGCAGGAGAUGAAUGGGGUCACCACCAUUGCGAAUGUCACCAUGAAACUGGAGGGGGUCGUUGUGGAAUUAGCCAACACUUCCAUCAAAGUCAACGAUAAACUUGUCACUAUACCAUUCAGUCAGGUUGGCAUUUCAAUUGAAAGAACUAUCUCCUAUGUCAAAAUCGAGGCAAAGCUGGGUUUGGUCGUCAUGUGGAAUGAAAAAGACGCCCUCUGGGUUGAGCUGGAUGCAAAAUUCAAGAAUCAGACAUGUGGCCUGUGUGGUGACUUCAACGGAAUACAGGUUUAUGAUGAGUUCAUCAAAACAGAAACAGGGGAGUCUGUAACUCUUGAAUAUUAUGGUGAGGCCUGGAAGGUCAAUGGUCCAACUGAAGCGUGUGAAGAAAUCUCCUCACCAGUCGCAAAGACCUGUGCAAGUGAAGUAAGAGGAAAUGGAUCUGCUGACCCACAUAAAAACCUCUGUGCGAACCUGCUGUCAGGACCUGCAUUGCUCAGCUGUCAAAACCUGGUUGCUACUGACUCCUUCAUGAGAGCCUGUGUGAAGGACCUGUGCCGAUGUAAAAACAGUACUUCAUGCUUGUGUUCAACCAUAUCAGAGUACUCCCGUCAGUGCGCUCAUGCAGGCGGGAAACCACAGCAAUGGCAGACAGCACAACUGUGUGCAAAAACAUGCCCUUUCAACAUGGAGCAUAAAGAAUGCAGUAGUCCUUGUACUGACACCUGCAGCAACCAAAAGAGAAGCCACGUGUGCGAGGAUCACUGCGUAGAUGGAUGCUUCUGUCCAAAUGGGACUGUCUUUGACGACAUUACACAAAGUGGGUGUGUUGCUGUUGACUCGUGCUCCUGCUUACACCACGGCAAGCCGUACAAGCCAGGGGAAUCAUACUCAAGGGCAUGUCGAAACUGCACCUGUACCCAGGGUCAGUGGCGCUGCAAAGAUAUGGACUGUCCUGGUGUCUGCUCUGUGCUGGGUGGCUCCCACAUCUCCACCUAUGAUGGUAAAACUUAUACUUUCCAUGGAGACUGCUCUUAUGUUCUCUCCAAGGAAACAAAUGGGACUUUCAGUGUCCUUGGUGAUCUGUCCACAUGUAAAAGAUCAGAUAAAUCAACUUGCCUGACUGCAGUCACCCUACUACUGCCUAAAUACAUGAUGAUUGUAGUAGAAGCCAGCGGACAUGUUUUGUAUAACAAACUGAUCACUCAGCUGCCUCUUUUCAUGGAUGACAUUACGAUCUUCAAACCAUCGACAUUCUUUAUUGUAAUCCACACCAACUAUGGGCUUGAUCUCGAGAUUCAGCUUUCACCCAUUAUGCAGAUCUACAUCAAAGCCAGUGUUUCCAAUAAGGGACAACUCAUGGGUAUUUGUGGAGAUUUUAAUGAUGUGCAAGCUGAUGACUUCAGAACCACAAAUGGAUUAACUGAGGGAACGGCUGGGACAUUUGUCAACACCUGGAAGACCAGGACAAGCUGCUCCGAUGUGACAAACAUACUUGGGGACCCCUGCCUUUUGAGCAUAGACAAUGAGAAAUAUGCCAAACAUUGGUGCGCCUUGCUGUCGGACCCAAAAGGGAUGUUUGCAAUGUGCCAUUCUGUGAUAAACCCAAAACGCUAUCAAGAUUCUUGUAUUUAUGACACCUGUGCCUGUGAUAACAGUGAGGAGUGCAUGUGUGCUGCCAUAUAUUCCUAUGUCCACGCAUGUGCUGCUGAAAGUGUCUUAUUUAAUGGAUGGAGAAAAACCAUAUGCGAGAAAUACACGACUGGCUGCCCUUCUACUUUUGUGUAUGACUACCAAAUGACAAGCUGUGGUCGCACCUGCCGCUCUCUUAGUCAGUCAGACUUAACAUGUGCGGUUGAAUUUACCCCGCUUGAUGGCUGCGGCUGUGCUGAAGGAACUUACCUGAAUGAGGUGGGUGAGUGUGUGUCAGCCUCACAAUGCUCCUGCCAUGUGGGAGACACACUGAUACGCCCCGGGCAGGUCAUCAGCGUCCAUGGACAAACCUGCUCCUGUCAUAGUGGAGAACUAAGAUGUACAGGGAGCCAAAUAAGUGAAUCAUGCACCGAGCCAAUGGUUUUUUUCAACUGCUCAAGCGCAAAGCCAGGUGACAUGGGAUCCGAGUGCCAAAAAAGCUGCCAGACACUGGACACAGAAUGUGUCAGUACACAAUGUAUGUCAGGCUGUGUAUGUCCUGCUGGCCUGCUCUCUGAUGGUAAAGGAGGCUGUAUUACAGAGGAGAACUGUCCCUGCACAUAUAAUGGAGACUACUAUAAUUCUGGACAGACUGUCACUGUGGACUGCAAUACCUGCACUUGCAAAAGGAGAAAAUGGGAUUGUACACUUCGUGAGUGUGAUGGAACCUGUACCAUAUAUGGAGAAGGGCAUUACAUCACUUUUGAUGAUAAGAAAUUCUCCUUUAAUGGAGACUGUGGCUAUGUCUUCGCUAAGGAUUACUGCGGGGACGAUAUGAAUGGCACCUUCAGGGUCCUGACUGAGAGCAUCCCAUGUGGAACAACUGAAAGCAUUUGCUCGACUGCUAUCAAGCUCUACUUAGGGAACCAUGAAAUUGUUCUUUCAGAGGAAAAUGUCAGAGUUAUCAAACAAAGCCAAGGGGUGGACAUACCAUAUAAAGUCCACACUAUGGGCAUAUAUCUCGUCAUUGAGGCAAAGAAUGGUCUUGUUCUCAUUUGGAAUAAGAAGACAACACUCAUGAUCCAACUCAAGUCCACAUUCAAGGGGAAAGUCUGUGGUCUAUGUGGGAAUUAUGAUGGAAACAUCAAGAACGAUUUUACCACCAGAAACAAAGAAGUUGUGGUUGAAGCCCUUGAGUUUGGAAACAGCUGGAAAGUGUCACCUACCUGCCCUAAUGCAAACACACUAAAAAAUCCCUGCAUGCUGUACUCACACAGGCAGGCAUGGGCAUUAAAACACUGCAGCAUUAUUAACAGCAAAGUAUUUGCUGGUUGCCACUCAAAGGUGGAUCCAAAAAACUAUUAUGAUGCCUGUGUGACAGACACAUGUUCCUGCAACACAGGAGGAGAUUGUGAGUGUUUCUGCUCUGCUGUAGCAGCCUACGCAGCAGCCUGUAAUGAGGCCGGAGCUUGCGUGAAAUGGAGAACUCCCACAAUUUGUCCUCUGUUCUGUGAUUUUUACAACCCCGAUGGAAAGUGUGAAUGGCACUAUGAGCCUUGUGGAAAAGAAUGCAUGAAGACAUGCCGGAAUCCCUCAGGAGUAUGCUACAAUCACAUUCCAGCAUUAGAAGGCUGCUAUCCAAGUUGCCCAUCUGAACGCUCUUAUUUGGAAGAAGAUACCAUGAAGUGUGUCUCACAGGAGGAAUGUGGCUGCUAUGAUAACGAAGGGAAGCAUUAUGAAGAAGGUGUGGUCAUGCCUCCAAGGGAAAAUUGUCAAAACUGUUAUUGUUCUUCAACAAAGGUUAAGUGCAGCUAUGACGUCCAAGCUUGCACCUGUUUAUAUAAAGGAAACAUUUACAAGUAUGGAGAUACAGUCUAUGACACAGAUGAUGGAGAUGGAACCUGUAUCACAGCUUUUUGUAGGGAAAAUGGAAAUAUUACCAGAAUCUUGAAGACUUGUCCAACUUCAUCCACAACAACAACUCCAACAACAACAGCCUUUGUUUUUGAAAAACCUACAACAACAACAGCCACAGAAAAACCUACCACAACAACAGCCACAGAAAAACCUACCACAACAACAUCCGUCACAGAAAACCUUACCACAACAACAGCCACAGAAAAACCUACCUUAACAACAACAGUCACAGAAGAACCUACUGCAACAAUAGCCACUGAAAAAACGACAGAAAAACCCAGCAUUACUGCUGCCACAACCCCAGAAAAACUGGCAGUGACGGAAAAACAUACCACAGAAAAACCCACGAUAACCACUGAAACUCCAACUGUAACACCUUCAACUCUUCAGUCUUCAACACCAGGCAGAACAACUUUAUGUUUCUGCAAGUACAUGGAUCAACUUUUUUCUCCUGGUAGCUUCAUGUACAAUAAGACUGAUGGAGAAGGCUGGUGUUUCACUGCAUAUUGCAAUUUGACAUGCAAUGUGGAGAAGCUUGCUAGACCAUGUCACUCUACUACUCCACCAACUCUUCAAACCACCACCAUAACAAGCACUACAAAACAACCUAUUGACUGUUCAUAUCUUAAUCCACCUAGAAAGCAUGGUGAGUCCUGGAGUUUAAAUAACUGCACCAGAGAUACAUGCGACAAUGGAAGGGUAAUGACAGACCAUGUGCUAUGUAAACCAGUGACCGAGACUGUAUGUGAAAAUGGGCUCCAACCAGUCAGGGUUUACGAUGAAGGAGGCUGCUGUUUCCACUAUGAAUGCACUUGUGUUUGUUAUGGCUGGGGAGAUCCUCAUUAUGUGACAUUUGAUGGCCAGUAUUACAGCAUGCAGAAAAACUGCACAUAUAUCCUCGUGAAAGAGAUCAUUCCUCAACACAAUUUUAAGAUUCUUAUCAACAACGAAAACUGUGAUGCCUCUGGAACUGUGACCUGUGCUAAAUCCUUGAUUGUGUAUUACAAAAACUAUGAAGUUAUUCUUACACAGGACAGAAUCCCAAAGACCUUGAACAAGGUGUAUGUCAACGGCAAGCAGGUAGUCCCAACCUACCUUAAUGAUGACUUCAUCAUAACAAGUACAGCAAUUGAGCUGCUCUUGAGAAUCCCAGCAAUUAAUGCAGUUGUGAUGUUCAAAGGACUUUUGUUCAGCGUUGACUUGCCGUUUGCCCUUUUCCACGACAACACAGAGGGACAGUGUGGUACCUGUGACAAUAACAGGAAAAAUGACUGCAGAUUACCAAAUGGCCAGAUUAAUCCUACAUGCUCAGAGAUGGGAAAUUGGUCUGUACCAGAUAAGAACAAGCCAUAUUGUGAUAAGCAGCCUCCAACACCAACCCCAACACCAAAUACACUAAUACCCUGCAAACCUGACAUUUGUGAAAUUCUGAUCAGCAAGGUGUUUGAACAAUGCCACAAAGUACUCUCACCACUUCCAUUUUAUGAGGCCUGUAAAUUUGAUGUUUGCCACGAGGACAAACCCAACUUCGGUUGUUUCAGUAUGGAGGCGUACUCCAAGAUGUGUGCUGAAGCAUCUGUCUGCAUACCCUGGAGGAAUGCUACAAACGGACUGUGUGAAUAUACAUGUCCAAAAAACAAGGUCUACAAGGCUUGUGGACCAGCUGUUGUACAAACUUGCAAUGCAAGAUACAAUGAAGAGUAUGCACAAAAAUGCCAGGGAAACAAUGGAAACCAGAACCAAGCUUGUACUGGCUUCAUGGAGGGAUGUUUCUGCCCAGAGGGGCUGACUCUGUUCAGUUCAAAUUCUGACCUUUGUGUCUCCGUCUGUUGCACUGGACCUGAUGGCCAACCUAAACAGCUUGGUGAGACUUGGCAGAGCGGCUGUAAGCAGUGUGCUUGUGAUAAGAACGCUCUGAGCGUUCGGUGUGAGCCUCGAAUAUGUCCCACUCAAGAACCAAUAACCUGUACUGAGGAAGGAGAGGUGUUGGUGGCCCACACAGUGGACUGCUGUGAGAGACUGACCUGUGAAUGCAAAAUGAGCCGCUGUUCAUUGCCGACACAGAAGUGCCAACUGGGAUUUGAAUUAAAAAUCAACAUGUCAAAUGACACUUGCUGCCCAUCUUACCGCUGUGUACCUAAAGGCGUCUGUGUCUUCAAUGGCACUGAGUACCAGCCCGGUAUGGAUUUCUCCAAAAACCCAUGUGAAUCAUGCCGCUGUACUGAAAGAAAGGAUCCCAACAGCAAGUUGAACACUAUUACAUGCAAUGUGAAGCUGUGUUCCCCACUGUGUUCAGAGGGCUAUGUGUAUGAAAACACACCUGGACAAUGUUGUGGAUCAUGUAAAAAAAAUAGCUGUGUUAUGGAGGGCCCAUGCUUCAAUUCUCCAAUAAUUAUUAAGCCUUCUGAGUCUUGGUCACCACCAAAUGACAACUGUACCAAGUAUGAUUGCCAAAAGGUGAAGAAUGAGUUCAUAAUCUUUAAAAAACAAACAACAUGUCCUGCAUUUGAUCCAGAGAACUGCGUUCCUGGAACUGAACAAAGUGACAUCAACGGUUGUUGCAAAACUUGUACUCCUCUUACGAACUGUCAAAUGACCAGGAACACCACCUAUCUGCAGACAAAGAACUGCAAGUCAGUUGUGCCAGUGGAAAUCACAGCCUGUGCAGGAUCUUGUGGCGCCUCUUCAUCAAUGUACUCUGCAGAAAACAACCGUUUGAUGCAUUCGUGCUCAUGCUGUCAAGAAAUGACCACCAGUAAGAAGAACGUGAAGAUGACCUGCGCUGAUGGCAGCAUGACGGAGCUCUCCUACAUUUCAGUUGACAAGUGUGGUUGCGAAGUCGCUGAAUGUAAAGACAACAUUAAAAACUAAACUUAAUUAAAGGGAAAUCUAACUAAUAUAUUUUAUUAAACUUAAACAACUCCUCUCCAAAAAAUAUUAGUCAAGACUCAAUAUGUGAAGACACACACACUCCUUUGGAUUCAGCAUCACCAAAUAAGGGUGAAUAAGUUAAACCUUUUAAACAGCAGAGAUGUUGUAUCCUGGUGUCUCUUUUAGCUUUUGAAGAGGUUGAUCUUUUUGAAAAUUAAACAGUGUGGUGUUUUCAGUCUUAGAGGGUCUUUUUCUUACUUUUACUGUAUAUGAUUUGAGAGACAAAAGACACAUGAAUGGCUUUAGAUAUUACAGUACAUUGUCAACAUGUUUUUGUCAUUAUUUCUAACAGCACCAUUAACAUAAAUGAUCUUACAACCCACUGAAUAUAUAAUGAGAAGAGUGUAAAGAAUAUCCAAAUCUUUGUCCAUCAUCUGAUGUUUUAAAUC